AUGAAGGUCUUGGUGGUUCUCUGUGCUCUUUUUGCCCUCUCUGAAGGCUUUAGCAGGAUACCUUUGCAGAAAGGGAAGACACCGAGGAAACUCCUGCUGGAAAAGGGCUUGCUGGAAGACUUCCUGAAGCAGCACCACUAUGACAUCAGCACCAAAUAUGCACGCUCGUCUGGUUCCCAGGGGGUCUCUGAGCCACUCUUGAACUACUUUGAUACAGAGUACUAUGGAACAAUCUACAUCGGGACCCCCCCUCAGGAGUUCACUGUUGUAUUUGAUACCGGUUCAUCCAACCUCUGGGUUCCCUCCAUCACCUGCCAGGCCUGCCAAAAUCACCGGAGGUUUGAUCCGUCAAAAUCCUCCACCUACAAGAGCGCAGGAACCAACAUAUCCAUUCUGUAUGAUACAGGCAGCAUGGAUGGGGUUGUGGGAUCUGAUACAGUGCUAGUCUCUUCCAUCAUCGACACCAACCAGCAGUUAGCACUGAGCACCAGCGAGCCAGGAGACUUUUUCACUUACACCAGUUUUGAUGGUGUCCUGGGCCUGGCCUAUCCAGAUGCAGCUGUUGGUGGACUUACUCCUGUCUUUGAUAAUAUGAUGAACCAGAACUUGGUGCAGCAGGAUGUGUUUUCAGUGUACCUCAGUAGAAACCAAACUGGUAGUGUGAUCAUUUUGGGGGGAAUUGAUGAAUCUUACUGUACUGGCCCUAUCCAAUGGAUCCCUGUCUCUUACCAGAGCUAUUGGCAGAUCUCAAUCGACAGCAUCAUUGUGAACGGCAAGGUGAUCGCCUGUGAAUCUGGCUGCCAAGCUAUUGUUGAUACCGGCACUUCUCUCUUGGUUGGGUCCUCACCAGAUAUCAGCAGCAUACAGAAAGUGAUUGGAGCUAUUCCGGUACCGUAUGGCCUGUAUAAGGUCAACUGCAAUGACAUUCCUAGCAUGCCUGAUGUCAUCUUUGUAAUGAAUGGGACCCAGUUCCCUCUGCCUCCUUCAGCCUACACUGAGCAGGAUGGCCAAGAAGAUUGCUCUAGUAUUUUGCAGGAGACAGAUAGCUACCUGUGGAUCUUGGGAGAUGUAUUCAUCAGGGAGUACUUCAGCGUCUUUGACAGGAAAAACAACCGGGUUGGUCUGGCCAAGUCUGUUUAG